CAUUCCUCCAAGCUCAACCAUCAAACAUCACUGUCAUCUCUCUAUCAAAAAGUCAAUCGUUUGCCAAACAUGGACCACUACAGUCAAACAGCUGCCAGGCCUUAUGCCGCUCAUAGCAACCCGGUCCCAUCUCAACCGGAGCAACAGCUUCCAUCUAUUCGAGAUGUCAUCCCUCCCCCACGUUCAAACACUCUCGAGUCCCAUGGCCCAGAGGUGCCUUCGCACUCAAGGCCCAUGAUGGUGCCAUAUCUCAGCUCUCAGCCCACCACGGGCAUGGGCGUGGCAAAUGUACCAGCACCGGUUCAACCUCAGUCCAGUCCCAUGGCAUACACGACCGAAGCGCCGAGCCAGAUGCACAUGAGCGGAAUCCCAGCUGCUCACCACCAAUUACAAACACCUGCAAGAAGUGCAGCGGAGUACAGCUCGCCAUGGUCAACAUCAUCAACAUACACCGAAACCGCUGUCCCAAUGAGUGCCGGACCUACUCUUCCCACACAAGCACAAUCAUUCGGCGGGAUUAGUCAGCCAAUGAUCCCCUCCGACACCCAAGACAGCGUCUACUCAUCGGCCUACUCCCUCAACAGACAGCCUCACGACAGCCCGGACUCGUAUUCAAGAUGGAGGGCACCCGAGGCAGUGCAGUCAACUCCCAGAUAUAACCCAUAUAUCAUGUCCGACAGGUCAUACAACCCACCCCUUGACUUCAACCGCUACGGCCAGUCUUACGACCAGUACCGGAGCCCUCUGGGUUAUGAAGGAGGAUAUCCCCGUUCCCUAGAGACUUCACCCUACCACAUGAAGUACGCUAGCCAAUUGUUGUCCUACCCUAUGAUGGGUUAUCCCUCCCACGGCAAUGGUCGACGACGAAGAGGCAAUCUGCCCAAGCCCAUCACGGACAUCCUCCGACUUUGGCUGCAAGAGCAUCUCGACCACCCCUACCCAAGUGACGAGCAGAAGCAAAUAUUUAUCCAACGUACUGGUUUGACCAUCAGUCAGAUCAGCAACUGGUUUAUCAAUGCUCGUCGUCGGCAGUUGCCGGCGCUUAAACUCAAGCGGGAAAGGUCUAAGGCCAUUCAAAGCCGGGCUUGAGUUACGACGCCAUUUGAUUUUGCUAUGAUUUAGAACGAUUUUUCUUGAUGAUGAAAUGGGAUAUUAUGACAAUGGGAUGGAAUUACCCCAGGGCUUACAAGGAAAGGGUUUUUUGGUUGGGUUCCAGGUUUGAAGAGAUGUCAAAGCUACAAUUGUACCAAUACCGAAAGAUGGUCUCGCUUUUGCAGUCUGCACAUGCCUUUCGUGCUAACAUGGGGCCUAAUGUUGCCGAGGCGCAUUUUUUUCAUGAACGAUACUUUGAUGUUUCUUGCUUCGAAAGAAAACAGGUCUUGGGGUCCAACAGUACUGUUAAGGCAAAGACAAAAACAAAACGUGGGCGUGGGCAAAGCACGAAGAGCUUGGUGGAUGAUUAUCAUCCAGUGUUACUUGUACAACAAUAAGAUCACAGCAGCAGCAGCGCAAGAAGCAAAUUAUGAUAACUUGAU